AUGUUAAACGAAAAUUAAAAUAUUAACUAAGAAUCAAAGGCAAAUACAAACUAACAUUAAAAAUUUACAAUAUUCUGUGGCACAUAUGAAGGUGCAAUUUUAGGUUUAGGAGGAGAUUUAACAAAUUUGACUUUGAAAUAUGCUUUCAAGCCAUCAACAAAUUCAUUAAAAUCAAUGGACAUAACAAAUAAAUAUUUAAUAGUAGGUGGAUUUGAUGAGUAUUUGAGAAUUUAUGAUUUAAAAAGAUAGAGAGAAUGUGGUAUAUUGGAAGGUCAUACAGGUACAAUAACAAGUUUAAAAUGCCACAAAUCAAUAGCAUUUAGUAGCGGAGAAGAUGGAUUUAUAAUGGUAUGGAAAAUGAAAGAAUUCGCCCUUUUACAUAGAUUAAAAGAACAUAAAUCAUAAGUAAAUGAUAUAGCAGUACAUGAAUCUGGGAAAAUAUUAGUUUCGAUUUCGAAAGAUUAGAAAUUGUUUAUUUGGAAUCUUUUAAAUGGAACAAAAGCUUAUUCUAUGAACUUAAAAUAUAAUGCUUAUAGAGUUGAAAUUAAUAAUGAAUAUAUAUUAACUAUGUCCGAUUAAGCUUUAUAUGUUAUUGAUUAAUAAACAAAUAAAUAAUUAUUUUAAUUAAAAUAAGAAGAUCCUGUUACUAUAAAUGAUUUUUGUGUAUACAACAAUAAAUAUGUUUUAAUUGGAGAGUUUAAUGAAAUUACUCAAAAUUAAGAAUUAAAAGAUGUUAAGCCUAUUUACAAAGUAGAAACUUUAAAUAGAUUAAAUUGUUUGGCUAUUUAUAUGGAUCUAGUUCCUGAAAAAUCAAGCAAGAUAAUAAUAAUAGAAAAAAGAGUAACUUUCUAAGAAUGA